AGGAAAUUAGUUGUGUCUGUUGCUCAGAGGUGAAACAACAACACAGCUGUAGAUUUCGAGCUGUGACUGCAGAUUCUGCGUCGUUGCUACAAAGCGGUCCUUGUUUACAAUCAAUAUUGUACAUGUAGUUUUACAGGUAGCUUCCCUGUUAAACGACACUAAAUAAAGUGGUGCUUUUGAUUAAGAGCCAACAUUGCAACCCGUCUCUGAAAUGAAAGAAGAGAUGGAUAUGCGCGCAUCCUCCGCGUCUCUCCUGGAAGAAGAACUCGCCUCUGCUAUCGAGCCUGCAGUGAAAGCGGCUGUGCUGAGCGUCAUGUCUGCAUUAGCAAAGUUCGUGGACAGUAAAUGUGCAGUUUUCCACCUCAGACUGGACGAGAGAGACCACGAAUUUGAAAGCGUGAGAUUGCGAUUGGAAAUAGCGGAGAGCGAGUUGAAAGCGAUGCGGGGCGGAGAAUACACGAGCACUGGCGAGAACGCUGCACAGUCUCUCACGAACACCAGUGAACAAUACUGCGGGGUUGACAUUGAUUUCUUUCAUCUACACGAGAAGGAAAUGGUGGGGGGUCCUGCAAAUAACAGCCGGGUCAGCGACAGUAUUGUUUCUCACGGCCUGCCAGUCACUACACGCGAUUACUCCACUCUACCAGCUCAGCCACUAAGGGACCCGGUGCCUGCAGCCCACACCGCAGCGAAAAACUCCCGGGUUUUAAUCCGGCGAGAUUCAGCCUGUUCAGAUCUACUUGUUCAAGGUGAUGACUGUGAACAGCUGAGCUACUCGAGCACAGCGCGAUGGAGAACAGAGGCAGAUCCUGCAGAGGGAAAUGCUCUCCCCCAUGCUGAGGAAGGGUCGAAGGCAGAAUCAGCUCCCAUUCAAGAGGAGCUCUUUGCCCAGGAAUGGUGCAGGAGUCCAAAGCAGGCUACAGAGCUGACAUCUAUUGAAGGGAAGGAGGAGGAGGAACCUGCACUAGAUCCUGAGCACAUUAAUGAAGAGAUCCCUGGAAUUGAACCGGUCAUCAUUAAAGAGGAGGUUCCUGAACGUGAAUCUGACCCCGUUGAAGAGGGGGGUUCAGACCACUUUGAAAGACGGCAGCAAGUUCAAACUGGACAAAAACAGUAUUGCUGCCCUGAUUGUGGGAAGCGCUUCAGUACAUCAACAGAGCUGAAAAGACACCACCGAAUUCACACCGGAGAGAAGCCGUAUCAUUGUAAUGAAUGUGGAAUGAGUUUCAGUACUUCAGGAGAUCUGAAAAGACACCAGCGAAUUCACACAGGAGAGAAGCCAUAUCGUUGCACUGAGUGUGGGAAGAGUUUCACUCAGCUUGGAACGCUGACAUUACACCUGCGAAUUCACACUGGAGAGAAACCAUACGGCUGCACUGCAUGUGGAAAGAGUUUCAAACAGUUACAGCACCUUAAAAAACACCUGCAAAUUCACAAGAGAGAGAGACUCGGACCUGUUUUCAGAAACAUCGCUGAAUGAAUGUGAGCCGUCCUCAACUUCAGCCGUGAUCACUUUAAACAGACCCCAGGUGCUGGACAGCUUAGACAUGCUGGAUGACUACAUUACAUUACUAGAUACUUCUUAU